UUGCAGGUCAGGAGGGAUGCGAGGUGGGCAGCGCUUCCGCACGUGGGAAUUGACGGCUGGACACGUGUCUUUCCUAAAAGAUGAGGAUUCUUUGGCCCUGGAGGAAGAUCUGGGCUGGGAAGAGCCAUCUCUGCAGGACCUACAGGGCAGGUGCUCUCCCCUCCUACAUCGACGAGCGUUUGGCCCUUUAUGAGAGGCUCAGAUCCGCCGCUGCGGAGCGCUGCGCUGAGCGAACCCGUAAAGAGAAGCGUCCGAUUUGGAUUUCCCUGCCAGGCAGCAAACAAAUUGAAGGAGAGGCCUGGGCAUCCACGCCGUACCAGGUGGCCUUGCAGAUCAGCCAGAGUCUGGCCAAGCGGGCAGUGACGGCACGGGUGAACGGGCACUUGCAUGACCUGGACCGCCCGCUGGAGGCCGACGCCACCGUGGAAUUCGUGGAUUUUGAUUCUCAGGCGGGGCAAGCGCUCUUCUGGCAUUCCAGUGCCCACAUCCUUGGGGCCGCUGCUGAGCGUUUCUACGGCGCCCUCCUGUGUCACGGCCCCAGCACUGAAAAUGGCUUCUUCUAUGACAUGUACCUGGAUCAGAAAAGGACUGUGUCUGGGAAGGACCUGCCAGCGUUGGAGGAGAUUUGCCGGGCGAUCAUUGCAGAGAAUCUCCCCUUCGAGCGGCUGGAGGUGUCCCGGGAGGAUCUGACGGAGCUCUUCAAGCACAACCAAUUCAAACUGCAGAUCAUCCAGGAGAAAGUCACGUCUCCGACCGCCACUGUGUACAGAUGCGGGCCCUUCAUCGACCUCUGCCGCGGGCCCCACGUCAGGCACACGGGGGAGAUCCGCGCACUGAAGCUGCUAAAGAACUCCUCUGCCUCUUGGCAAGGAGACCCCUCCAGGGAAUCGCUGCAGCGCAUCUACGGCAUCUCCUUCCCCAGCCCCAAGCAGCUGGCUGAGUGGGAACGCGCCCAAGAGGACGCCGUACUGCGGGACCAUCGGCGGAUUGGCAAGCACCAAGAGCUUUUCUUCUUCCACGAUCUGAGUCCUGGGAGCUGCUUCUUCCUCCCCAAAGGUGCCCACAUCUACACCACCCUCGUGGAUUUUAUUAAGAGUGAAUAUCUGAAGCGUGGAUUUUCCGAGGUGAUCACCCCCAACAUUUUCAACGCCAAGCUUUGGGAAGCCUCCGGUCACUGGCAACACUACGCAGAGAGCAUGUUCACCUUCCGGGUGGAGGACGAGGCCUUCGCCCUCAAACCCAUGAACUGCCCCGGCCACUGUCUUAUGUUCGGCCACCGUCCCCGAUCCUGGAGGGAGCUGCCCCUCCGGCUGGCCGACUUCGGCGUCCUGCAUCGUAACGAGCCCUCGGGAGCCUUGACCGGGCUGACGCGGGUCCGUCGGUUCCAGCAAGACGACGCCCACAUCUUCUGCUCCAUGGAUCAGCUGGAAGGCGAAAUCGGAAGCUGUCUGGACUUCCUUCAAGCCGUAUACUCCGUCUUUGGAUUCACGUUCCGCUUCUUCCUCUCCACCCGCCCCGAAAAAUUUCUGGGGGAGCCUCAUCUUUGGGAUCGGGCUGAGCAGCUGCUGGAGAAGAGCCUCCAGGACUUCGGUCUGCCAUGGGAAGUCAACCCCGGCGAUGGAGCCUUCUACGGGCCAAAGGUUGACAUUCAGAUCAAAGACGCGUUGGGCCGGUACCACCAGUGUGCCACGAUUCAGCUGGAUUUCCAGAUGCCCAUCCGGUUCGACCUUUCCUUCGUGAGCAAAGAUGGCGGAACGCCGGAGAGACCCGUGAUGAUCCACCGGGCGGUACUUGGCUCCGUUGAAAGGAUGAUGGCUGUGCUGGCUGAGAACUACGGUGGGAAGUGGCCCUUCUGGCUGUCCCCGUUCCAAAUCAUGGUGAUCCCAGUUAGCCCAGAUGUGGAGGGCUACGCUCAUGAGGUCCACCGGUUCUUCUGCCAGACGGGGUUCAUGACGGACGUCAACGUUGAUUCGGGGUCGACCCUCAACCGCAAAAUCCGGAACGCCCAGCUGGCCCAGUACAACUUCCAGUUUGUGGUCGGCCAGAAGGAGAUGGCCAACCGCACCGUCAACAUCCGCAGCCGUGACACCGGCCAGCACGGCCAGUGGGAUUUGCACAAGGCCCUGCACAGGCUCCGGGAACUCCGGGACGCUCGGGUCGGAAACGCCGAGGAGCUCUUCUGAGGCCGUCGCGUGCCCCUCGCUGGCCGGGGAACCGGAGGUGUGCGUGCAAGAACGGUUCAGUGAGCCAAAGAAGGGGCGAUCCUUUCCCUGUGGACAUUGGGGCGCAGGAGAGAAAUGCUUAUGGUUUCCUGCCUGUCUCGUACCUCGUGGCAUCUCAAGCUGCUAGUCCUCACCAACUGCAUCUCGGCCAAGAAGCAGCUGCAAUAACUGGGAGGCCGGGCCCUCCUGUGAGACAGGAGUCUUGUUUGUCCGGCUUCUGACCCCUCUGCAGGCCAGAACCUGUCCUGACUCGGCACCAAAACCCUGAAUACUUUGCUGGCCUUCGGGGGUCAUUGGUGGAGCGGUAUGUACGGCAACGACUAGGCCAGCUCUUGACACAGAGGCAGGAGGGGACCUCGCUUCUCAGGAACGGAUCUUCAUGGAAACGUGUCCUUGGCGGGAGGCCCGGCUUUUCCAGGUGGUUUGUCUACCUGCCUUUCGCGGUCACCGUCUGGUCCGCAGGGGCCUGUAAUUAAAAUACUUCUUCCUCGAGUAA